CGCUGCUGUUGUGGAAAAAAUAUAUAUAUAAUUUAUUCCCGUUAAUUUUCGGAAAGGGGGAAAAAAAACCCUAUAAUAAUCUUUAAAAUGGCCGCGGCAACCGCGGAUCUGAGCGAUUCGAGUGCCAUCAAUAAUAACAGCACCGACUGCGGGGCCCGGGCCCUCUUGGCCCUCAAGUCGGCUCCGUGCAGCCCGUCCCGGCUCCAGGUUCACUGGGAGCCCGAGGAGGAUCUGAACGGAGGAGGAGGAGGAGGAGGAGGCGGCGGCGGCUCCGGCGGCUCCUGCUCGGCCCCGGCCCCCCUCCAUCAGCAGCCCGGCGGCAGCGGCGGCAGUGGCAGUAGCGGUGGCGGCGGCCCCGGCCCCGGCCCCGGCUCCGGCUCCGAGGUGCUGGCCCGCCUGGAGGGCCGCGACUUCGAGUUCCUCAUGAAGAAGCGGAGCGUGACCAUCGGCCGCAACUCCAGCCAGGGCCAGGUGGACGUCAACAUGGGCCACUCGAGCUUCAUCUCCCGCCGCCACCUGGAGAUCUUCCGCGGCGGGGAUGCCGCCACCGCCGCCGCCCCGGCCGGAUUCUACCUGAAAUGCCUGGGCAAGAACGGGGUGUUCGUGGACGGCGUCUUCCAGCGGAGAGGGGCGCCGCCUCUGCAGCUCCCCAGAGUAUGUACCUUCAGGUUCCCGAGCACAAACAUUAAGAUCUCAUUUACUGCACUGUGCAGUGAAAAGAAGGAAAAACAGGAGGCUCCAGAAUCUCCAGUGAGGCCAGUCCAACCACAAAUCUCCCCUCUGAAGAUAAACAUUCCAGACAACAUAGCUGAUCUGAUCAGUCCCCUCCCUUCUCCUACUGGAACAAUCAGUGCUGCAAACUCCUGCCCCUCUAGUCCAAGGGGUGCAGGUUCUUCUGGCUACCGGAUAAGUCGUGGACUUCAUUCUGACCUGCAAAUAAUGUCUGACCACGGACAGAACAAUUCUGAGAAUGAUAAGGAAACAUCAGAUGGAGACAGCCCAAAGGAUGAUGCCAAGCCACCCUAUUCCUAUGCACAGUUAAUAGUUCAAGCCAUCACAACAGCACCAGAUAAACAGCUUACAUUAAGUGGAAUCUAUACACACAUCACAAAGAACUAUCCAUAUUACAGGACAGCAGACAAAGGCUGGCAGAAUUCUAUCCGACAUAAUCUUUCCCUGAAUCGCUACUUCAUUAAGGUCCCACGUUCCCAGGAGGAGCCUGGGAAAGGCUCAUUCUGGAGGAUAGACCCUGCUUCUGAAAGCAAACUAACAGAGCAGGCCUUUAGGAAAAGAAGGCCCAGGGGCGUGCCCUGCUUCAGAACUCCAAUGGGACCUCUUUCUUCCAGAAGUGCACCAGCCUCUCCAAGCCAUCCUGGUGUGUUUUCCUCACACUCCAGUGGUGUACAGACUCCAGAGAGCCUGUCCAGGGAAGGCUCUCCAGUCCCCACAGAUCAUGAAUCUAACACUGUGCAACCCAAGUUAGCAGUAAUACAAGAGGCAAGAUAUGCUCAGAGUGCACCAGGAUCACCUUUGUCCGCUCAGCCAGUUUUAAUCACCGUCCAACGGCAAAUUUCACAGUCCAUGAAACCUGUUACAUAUACCGUGGCCACACCUGUUACAUCAACGUCCCAGCAGUCCAUGUUGCAAACUGUUCAUGUGGUUCAUCAGAUACCGACUGUGUCUGUUACUAUGGCUAGCCUGGCAGCAAACAGUUACACUGUAGCAAACCAGGCAGUUGUGACACAGGCUAUGGUCAGCCAGGCUAAAAUGGAGCGGCCAGAAAAUGGGGAACAUAAAGAAGUGAAAGUCAAAGUGGAGCCUAUUCCUGCAAUUGCACCAGCUUCGAUAGGCACUGCUAGUCGCUUCAUUCAGACUUCACAGGGUACACCCAUACAGACAGUUACUAUACUACAACAGGCUCCUUUGGGCCAGCAUCAGUUACCCCUUAAACCAGUUGCACAGAAUGGAACACACGUGGUGCCCAUCUCUUCAGCAACACAAGGACAACCUAACACUGCUGCUGCAAGCCCAUUACACAUGUUGGCAACCCAUGCCUCCGCAUCAGCAUCCCUUCCCACAAAACGCCAAAAUGGAGACCAAGGAGAGCAGCCAGAGAUUAAACGUAUCAAAACGGAAGAUGGAGAAAGCAUACUUGUUGCUGUCAAAGUGGAAGCCCCAGCUGUGGCUGCAAAUGUACACAACAGCCAAAACUAAAGACUGGGGAAUGGGAAACGAUGCUUAAUUUUUAUCAAAUGCAAGGUGCCAAAUGGACAAGUCUACCUUAACAUCUGGAACUUCAGAAUGUGUUGACUCGUUAUGGGUUUAGGGGACCUGUAUGAGUGACUGUAAACUGUAGCACUGAGAAACAGGAAGCCUUAAAACACAGGAAUAAAUUAAGGAAACUGAACAAAUUUAAAAACAUGACUCCCCUCAUAAGAGGCUGUUCCUCCUGCUCAACUACCUCAGUGCUCACUGGGAAAGGGAGAGACGGGAAGGGCCACAGCUAGCCACGCACAUCUGAGGUUCUUCAUCAGAUACUUAAAGACUUGAGCAGACCAGUGUGACGGCAGCAUGGCAAAUGCUUACUGUACACCAAUUACAAAAGAUUGUAUAUUACAUAAAGGAAACAAAGGUGUGGACCCAUUUCCUACAUCUGGCAGCUAGCCUUUAAUGACCUACCUAAUGCAGUUGUUAGUAAAUAUGCAGUAUUUUGUUCACAUGUGGAAUUAGGAUAUUUUUGGGUGUAUUUCAUUUCUGCAGAUGAAAAUGGGGUUACUAUUAUUUCAGAUCACUCCAUUUUAUAUUUCAGAAGCUUUGGAAUCACAACUGUUUUCGUACGUAAAUUUAAUUUUAUGUUCAGUGAAAAUGAAUGUAGUUAUGUUUUUUUAAAUAACCAAUGGAGUGGUUAAAAGUUUACUUCAGUCUGUUUAAAUCCAGAUAAAUCUACUUUACACCUGCAGAUUUUCAUAUUUUAACAGAUUCCUGAUGAAUUUAAUCAAUUUUUAUUAAUGUGUAGUGAUCAAAUGCUUCGGGUUUGCAUGUUUUGGGCAAGAAGCCAAUGUAACUGAGCCGUUACCUGACCUAAAUGAACAGCUAUUAAUUUGA